GUAAAAUAUUUGACCGAGAGUAGCAACAUGUAAACUUUCACUUUAUUUUGCAGAUAUUGAAUAAUUGGAGAUAUUACUUUACUAGCAAACAUAAAUAAAUCGUUGGUAUAUAUAUUUAGCUUCAAACAGGGGAGCCAACAUUCAAGAUGCCUGCCGGUGAUGUGAGGAAGGAAUUCAUCCUUGCAACAACAGGCAAUUAUUUUGGAAUAUCAACCAAUGAUCCAGGUCUAAGUGGACAGCAUGAUGCUACAUCUAUUAAUACAUUUCUUGAUGAUGGAAACUGUGGCAUCUUAUCAGCUCAUACAGUUGAUAAACAAGUCCAGUUCUCAAACAAGGUAAACCAUGGUGACUCAAAUGACAAAGUCAUUGUGUUUUUUAAAACCAAACCAGAUGUCAUCACACCGGAGAAUGUCCACAAAAAUGUAUUUGUGUCCACCAUGUUGGAUUCUCCUAUCUCUGCCCUCUUCCACGCUGUGCAGAAAAUCUAUGCACCACUGUUAUUAAAGGAUGAAAAGUUCAGUAAGACUUUUGACCCGAAACUGCAGAGCUUGUUGAGUGAGCUAGAGGCGGGGCUAGGGAGUGUGAUACGUAAGACUGAUCCAUCGUUCCGAGGUGAUGCAGGUGUAGGCGAUUCAUUGGGAGGGAUUCUUACACCAUCUGAGGAAUUCCAGUACUGGGCUGAAAUGGCAAUGUCAGGACGUAACAGAGAUGAUAAAGAAAGAGCCCAGUAUAUUCAGGAACUGUUUCAGCCCAUAGCUAAGGAGUUCAAUAGCCUAGAACAACUCUCUUUGGCUGAAGUGGUGGAGCUGGUAGAUACGGCACAGGACAGUUUGGACGAUGUCUGGAAGCAGGCUGAAUAUUCCCCACUGUAUCCUGAAGAUCGUAUGCGACAUCUGAUGGACGUAAUAGGUGGUUCCCUAGGCAGAUAUGUACAAAGAAAGCUUGGAGAACAGGAUCUUUGGAAGGGAACCUUCAGUAAAGUAAAGGAAGCUUUACGCCAAGGACUUGCAAUUUGUGACCGAUGGGUACAAGCAUGUGAGACAUUGACGGUUCAGUUCUGGAAGCGCUACAGUCUACAUCCAUGGAAGGGAGAGAAGUUUGUUCCUGAGAAUUUAAGCAAUCUUGGUCAGCGUCUACAAGAGAUUCUAACGCUGAGAUCAGUGCAUGAACAACUUGUUCGUCUACUUUCUCAACAAGACCAACAGAACCUGGGUACAGCAGAUGCAUUCUCCCCCUUCUCUGGUCUUAACCCCCUGCAGUACAACCCAUACACUCAACCCCUAUGGAAAGCUGCUGUGGCCCAGUACGAGCGUGCCAUGUCGCCAGCUGAGCAAAAAAUCGCAGGAAAGUUAAGAUCGCAGUUUAGAGGAAUGGAGGCUAAUUCCCAGCAGCUUUUACGAGAGUUUCAGAAGUAUAAAGAACUGAUUAAGAGACCGAGUAUUAGUAAAGAUAUGGUCUCUGAACGUGAGACCCUCUUAGGUCAGCUUCAGGUGUACAUCAAGCAGUUACGUGAUGACUUUGUUCAGCGUACAUCUGGUGGGAAGAAACCCCCUAAGGGAAAGAACCUCCCAGAGGUUGUCAACAACAUUGUAUGGGUUAGGCAGCUAGAGGCUAAGGUUGAAGAAACAUCCAACACUGCAGAAGCGUUGCUAGGUGACCUCUCUGGAUUUGGAAAAUUCCGUCGCGAUUCCUCAGAUCUGUUAGAAGAGCUGCAAAAUUGGCGACGUGACCAGUUUGAUGAUUGGUCCCGAGAUAUGGUGGCUCAAAUAGAGGACUCGGAUGCUUCUCUCAGUCUGGAGACCAAUGGACGUCUGAUGGAACUGAGCCAUACAGAUGGGAAACUGCGUGUAAAUUAUGGAGAAAGGCUCGUUACUUUGCUGAGAGAGGUUCGACAGUUGACAGCCAUGGGAUUCCCUAUUCCGGCCAAAGUACAGCACACUGCUGCCAUUGGUCAGAAGUUCUAUCGCCAUGGCGUUAUUUUGAAACAGGUUGCCCACUUCUACAACACCAUAGACCAGCAGAUGAUCCCAAGUCAACAAGCAAUGAUGUUAGACUCUGCACUGGCCUUUGAGAAACUAAUCAAGAAUCCAAAAUCAGGUACAAAAGCUAAAGGGGAUGGUGUACAGGUGACAUGGGAUAACCCAGAUGAGUUGGAAAACUACAUCCAGAAGCUCCAAGCAGCUGCAGACAGGCUGACAUCAGAGAAUAGACGACUAAGGAAGAGCCACCACAUAGUGGCAGACAAGGUUUCAAGUCUAAUAGGAAUAGAUCUUUUGCGGCAACAGUCUCGCUGGAAGGACAUCUUGAUGGAGAUAAGACAGCUCAUGGCGAACCUUGUCACUCAGGGGUUCUCUGCAAGUAAUAUGAAACCUUGGAAGGCUCACUGGGACAGACAGCUGUAUAAGGCAUUAGAGCACCAGUACCAGAUGGGACUAGAGGCCCUUAAUGAGAAUUUACCUGAAAUCAAGGUUGAACUAACUUACAGGCAGCAGAGACUUCAGUUCAGGCCUGCACUGGAAGAAGUCAAAGCCAAGUACUUCAGAGAGAUGAAGAAAUUCAUCAGUAUUCCAAACCAUUUCAAAGGUGUGAGUGACUCCACAGAAAAUCUCAUAUUUCCCGCUAUCAUCGAUCGCAAUUCAGCAGGAUUCAUCACAUGUUACAAGAAGGCUGACUUCCUGUUUAGUAGACUGUCCGCAGUCCAAGAAAAGUUCAAGGACUGGGUUGUGUUAGGGGCACUGGACUUAGAUGAAUAUGUUGAGAGUCAACUACACUCACUGCAAGACUGGGAGAGGAAUUUCAAGGCACUCAAAGCCAGGGGUAGAGAUGCUGAGAAACUACCAAGCCAAAUCAAGGUUGACUGUAUCACAGUGAGUUGCAACCCUGUUAAAGCAGUUGUAGAUGACCAUAUCCAGAGACUGUUUGACUCACUCCUGAAUGCUUUACGCAAGUCCAUCACAACUGACCUUGGGGCAAUAGACACCUUCCUAAAUGGUGCCAUGGAGACUCUUAGUGCAAGGCCUCAGACUGUUGAGGAGAUUGGGGAGGCUAAUGCUAAACACCAAGAGUUUGGCAAAACCAAAUCAGAGGUACAGCCUCUUUUUGAAAAAGCCGAGACGAAGAACAAGCUUCUAAGAUCCGUGGCAGGAGGUGGUGUUGAUACUUUGACAACACUCCGGGGACGCUGGGAUAAGUUUGAACUUAUGAUGGAGAGCCAUCAACUGAUGGUCAAAGAACAGGUUGAUGUUAUGAAAAGUAAUGUCCAGUCACGAGUGAAAGCCUUUGAGCAAGAAAUUGAGAAGUUUGCGGCCAGAUGGCACCAGUUGAAACCAGGAAAUGAUUCACUAGAUGGCGAUAGAGAAACUGCAAUGAAGGCAGUGACAUCUAUUCGUGAACGGAAACAAGAGUUUGAAGAAAUUGACGCUAAUCGUGAGAAACUUGUAUCUGAUUGCGCACAUUUUGAGCUUGACGUCCCAGAGUUCCCCGUAGCAGAUGAGGUGCGUGAAGACCUUACGAAGUAUGAGUCUAUGUGGGGACUGUUCGAAGAGUUUAACAAUGGUCUACAGGAGCUGGCCAAAGAGGACUGGAUCUCAUUCAGGGGUAAGUCCUACAUGUUUGAAGAGUUUCUUGGUCAGUGGUACGAGAAGUUGAAGACUGGAGACACAACUACAAUGACAGUGAGGCUGCAGAAAGACAUUGAUACUUACAAGCAUGUCUUGCCAGUGUUGAAAUGGGUACGUGGAGAGCCUCUCUCCCAGGAUCACUGGCUAGAGCUGUUCCGAUUGGUCCGUCUGCCUCGAGGCACUACACUUGAGAAACUGACUUUUGGUGACAUUUUGGGAUGCUCGGAUGAGAUCAUAAAAAAUGCAGAUGCAUUAAAGGAACUGAACCAGCGUGCCCAGGGAGAAGUGACAAUACGUGAAGCUAUAAGAGAGCUGGAACUGUGGGGAGCUGCUGCUGUGUUUGCCCUCACAGAAUACGAGGACAGCAAGAAGUCAAGCCUAAGGCUCAUCAAAGAUUGGAAAGAUCUCGUCAACCAAGUUGGAGAUAACCAGUGUCUGCUUCAAUCCUUGAAAGAUUCUCCAUAUUACAAAAGCUUUGAGGACAAGGCCAGUAUAUGGGAACAGCGAUUGGCAGAUCUGGAUGAGUUCUUGCACAAUCUCAAUCAAAUUCAACGCAAAUGGGUCUACUUGGAGCCCAUAUUUGGCCGAGGGGCCCUUCCAAAGGAACAAGGAAGGUUCAAGCGAGUUGAUGAUGAUUUUAGGGCCAUAAUGAAUGAUGUGAACAGAGACAAUCGUGUUUUGUCAUUCGUAGCAAAGACAGGCCUAAGAAACCUGCUAGUGACUAUGCUAGACCAGCUCCAACGUUGCCAGAAAUCCCUGAAUGAAUUCUUAGAGGAAAAAAGGUCAUCAUUCCCCAGAUUUUACUUCAUUGGUGACGAUGAUUUGCUUGAGAUUCUUGGACAAUCUCAGAACCCAGCAGUUAUUCAAACACAUCUUAAGAAGCUGUUUGCAGGCAUUCACAGUGUGGAUUUUGAUGAUGGCUGCAAACAUAUAAUUGCAAUGAAGUCCCUGGAUGGGGAAGUUGUUCCUCUCAAGAAGCAAGUACAGAUCACUCCAGAAGUUGAGGUAUGGUUAGCAAGAUUGGCUGAAGAAAUGAAAGACACUCUUACUCAGCUGCUGGUAGAAUGCCUGAGAGACGCUAAGUCUGGGGGUCAGGGAGGGAUGGACCCCAACAAGUACCCCUCCCAGAUCCUAUGCCUUUGUGAGCAGAUUCAAUUCACCGAGCGCUGCGAGGAUGCGAUACGAUCGAAUAAUCUCCUUGGGUUCAACUCCGAGAUGGGACAACAGCUAGAGUCCUAUACUAAUGUGGAUAUCAAUGGAGCAGGAGAUGCAGAUGCCCAUGUACUGGACCUAAAGUUGAAGUCAUUGAUCCUAGAUACCAUUCAUGCUAUAGAUGUCAUCUCACAGUUACAAGAGACCAAGUGUAGGAACAUCGAGGAUUGGUCUUGGCAGAAACAACUCAGGUUUUAUCUGGGCUCAAAGAAGACCUGCAUAAUGAGAAUGGUGGACUCUGAAUUUGACUACACUUAUGAGUACCAAGGGAAUGCUGGGAAAUUGGUACACACCCCAUUGACGGAUAAAUGCUACCUCACUUUGACGCAAGGUAUGCACAUGGGAUUUGGUGGCAACCCAUAUGGUCCAGCCGGUACAGGGAAGACUGAGUCUGUGAAGGCACUAGGAGGACUCUUUGGAAGACAAGUCCUUGUGUUUAAUUGUGACGAGGGCAUAGAUGUUAAGUCUAUGGGGAGGAUAUUCAUUGGUCUGGUCAAGUGUGGCGCCUGGGGCUGUUUUGAUGAGUUCAAUCGUCUUGAGGAAGCUGUGCUUUCUGCUGUCUCUAUGCAGAUUCAGGUCAUCCAGGAUGCUAUUAAACAAAGGGCACCAACUGCAGAGCUACUGGGACGAACAGUGAACAUCGACCCAAACUCUGGAAUUUUCAUCACCAUGAACCCCGCAGGAAAAGGAUAUGGAGGACGACAGAAACUGCCUGACAAUCUGAAACAAUUGUUCCGCCCUGUUGCUAUGUCUAAACCCGAUAAUGAAUUGAUUGGAGAGGUGAUUCUCUUCUCAGAGGGUUUCAAACAAGCUAAGAGUCUCGGCAGGAAAUUGGUCGCCAUCUUCAAUUUGUCUAAGGAGCUUUUGACCCCACAGCAGCAUUAUGACUGGGGCCUGAGAGCACUGAAGACAAUCCUCAGAGGAUGUGGUAAUCUACUACAAACUGCAAAGAAAAACCUUGCAGAAGGAGUCAAAGUGGAUGUAGCAACAGAAGCCAAGCUUGUUGUACAGGCACUGAGGAUCAACACCUUGUCCAAACUGACCUUCUCGGAUGGUAUACGAUUUGACGCUCUCUUAAAGGAUGUCUUCCCAGGGGUGGAGUUCAAAGACAUUGAAUAUGAAGAUCUUGCAGCAGCUAUUAGGGAAGUCUGUAAGGAGUCCAACCUUGUCAUUAACGAGACACAGGUUAAGAAAGCACUAGAGCUUUAUGAACAGUUACGCCAGCGUAUGGGAGUGGUGGUUGUAGGACCCAGUGGUUCAGGCAAGUCUACACUAUGGAGAGUGCUCAGACAGGCCUUGGCUAAGACAAACCAGGUGGUAAAGACCUAUACUAUGAACCCUAAAGCCAUGCCAAGAACACAGUUACUGGGUCAAAUUGACAUGGACACAAGAGAGUGGACGGAUGGUGUGCUCACAUACAGUGCUAGGCAGGUUGUCAAAGAACCACAAGAGAUCCAAUCUUGGAUUAUCUGUGACGGUGAUAUUGACCCUGAAUGGAUCGAAUCUUUGAAUUCCGUCCUUGACGACAACAGAUUGUUGACAAUGCCAUCUGGUGAGAGAAUUCAAUUUGCGCCAAAUGUGAACUUCCUGUUUGAAACACAUGACUUAAGUUGUGCCUCACCUGCUACUAUUUCCAGAAUGGGGAUGAUUUUCUUGAGUGAUGAAGAUACAGAUGUGAAGGCCCUUGUGACAUCAUGGCUGACAGGACAGACUGAGGCUGAUCAACAACAGUUAGGUGGAUGGAUAGAGGAUCACUUCUACAGAGCUCUUGAGUGGGUCCUUAAACAGAAUGACCUUGUGAUAGAGUCCAGUCUCAUAGGGGUGGUCAUGAAUGGACUCUCCCAUUUGAAGGGGGUGCAGGAUAAGGCCCAGUUUGCAGUUGCCAUUAUCAAAGGCCUUGGAGGAAACCUCAAUGAGGCGUCCAGAGAGAACUUUGCGAAAGAGAUAUUUUCAUGGACGAGGGAACAACCACCAGAUGCUAGAGACCCCUUGAACUGCUAUUAUGAUGUCAACUCUGGUCGUCUGAUGUCAUACAAUGAUGAUGUCACAGACGAACUGAACUCUGAUAGCUUUAAGAGUGGCAGCCUGCCUGUUAUUCGAACAGCUGCGAUUCAGAGAGAAUUGGAUUAUUUUGGUCCAUGGCUCCAGAAUGAGAACAAGCAACCUUUUAUUUUAGUUGGUCCUGAAGGCUGUGGAAAAGGACUCCUUCUAAGACACUACUUUGACCAACUACGAUCUACCCAAGUUGCAACAGUUCAUUGUAACGCACAGACCAGUCCGACACACGUCCUACAGAAGUUAAACCAGACAUGUAUGGUAAUCAGCACCAACACCGGGAGAGUAUACAGGCCAAAGGACUGUGAGAGACUUGUGUUGUAUCUGAAGGAUUUGAACCUCCCUAAACCGGACAAGUGGGGAACAAGCAUGCUGAUUGCCUUCUUGCAACAGGUACUGACAUACAAUGGUUUCUAUGACAACAACUUAGAGUGGGUCGGACUGGAGGGAGUUCAGAUUGUUGCGAGUAUGAAUGGAGGUAGCACCUUAGGCCGACACAAACUGACAACACGUUUCACAUCAGUUGUCAGAAUUUGCUCUAUAGGCUACCCUGAUGGAGACCAGCUACAGACCAUCUACGCAGCAUACCUCAAGGCUAUUCUCAGUGACCUUAGGUCACAUCCUGUUUGGGGGAACCCUGGGAAAAUUCAUGGUCUCGCUGGAUCCAUGGUUCAAAUAUAUGAUCAGCUCCGUCAGAGAUUCACAGUUGACGAUUAUAGCCAUUAUUUGUUUACACCGAGAGAUUUGACACAAUGGGUCAUGAAUUUAAUGCGCUAUGAUCUCGCAAGCUCACAAGGUGGCAGCACUGAGCCAUUACUAGAAGUCUGGACUUAUGAGGCAUUUAGACUCUUCCGGGACAGGAUAGUCGGCACUGACGGUCUGGGAAAGUUUGACAACAUAGUGUCUGGUGUUGUAAGAGGUGAUUGGUCAAUCAACAUAAUGGACAAUCUAGAUGGUGCCUAUUUUGUUACAUGGGGAGCAAGAGGAGACAAUGUUGCAGCCCCUGGAGCACCACUGCCACCUUUUGGCAAACCUCUUGGCAAACUGGACUCUAAAGAUCUCAAGGCUGUCAUUGAAAAAGGACUCAAACAAUACAGUCGUGAAAACAUGGACCUUGACAUCUUGAUCUUCAAAGAGGUUCUGAAUAACAUGGCCAGGGUUGACCGUGCCCUAACAAUGCCAGGGGGCUCCUUACUGAUGGCGGGGAGGAGUGGUAUUGGACGACGGACAGCAGUCAGUGUUGUCUCCCACAUGCACCAGAUGGAGCUUUUUACACCAAAAAUGUCUCGUGGCUAUGGACUGAAGAACUUCAAGAAUGAUUUGAAAACGGUGAUGCAGCAUGCUGGCAUAGAGGGGGAACAGAUGGUACUAUUACUAGAAGACCACCAGUUUGUGGAGCCACAGUUCUUAGAGUUGAUCAACAGCCUGCUCUCAGCAGGGGAGGUACCUGGCUUGUACACCCCAGAGGAGCUUGACCCCCUGCUUGCACCCCUGAGAGACCAGGCUUCGGAUGAUGGCCACAGAGGACCUCUCUUCGGAUAUUUUGCACAGCGAAUCCAGACUAACUUGCACAUUGUGUUAGUAAUGGACUGCACCAAUAGUAACUUUACAUUGAACUGUGAGAGCAAUCCUGCCCUCUAUAAACAAUGCAGUGUACAAUGGAUGGAUAGCUGGAGUAGGGAAAGCAUGGUUCGAGUGCCUCAUAUGUUGUUGACACGCCCACCAAAAGUAGAGGGCGCUGCUCUCUCCAAGGACAAGGAGAGAAAGCGCAAAUUGAGUGGAGGUGAUGACCUCCUCAAGGCAUUCCUCCAUGUCCAUGAGUCAUGUGCUGAAUUUGGUGCAACACCAAGACGUUAUAUAUCUUUCCUGAAUUGCUACCAGCAUGUUUACAGCAACAAGAAAGCCAGCAUAGAGAAAAACCAGCACCAUUUACAGGCUGGUGUGUCUAAGCUGAAUGAAGCUAAGGAGCUUGUAGAUGGUUUGAAGAAGAAGGCAGCUGAGCAGUCCAAACAUCUGGCUGAGAAACAAGAAGAGGCUGAUGUUGCUCUCAAAGAGAUCACUGUUACAAUGCAGAAUGCCAGUGAACAAAAAUCUGAAAUGGAAGUGCUAAAAGGCCAGACAGCUGAGGAGAACAUCAAACUUGAGAAACGUAAAAAAGGAAUCGAUAAGGAACUUGCUGAAAUUGAACCACUGAUCCAAGAGGCAAAGAAGGCUGUUGGAGCAAUCAAAACUGAGUCACUUUCAGAAAUACGAUCUCUGCGAGCACCUCCUCCUGCGAUUCGCGAUAUUCUGGAGGGUGUGCUGAGGCUCAUGGGUAUUUUUGAUACAUCCUGGGUCAGCAUGAAAAGUUUCUUAGCAAAGCGAGGUGUGAAGGAUGAAAUUCGUGAAUUUGAAGCAAGGAAGAUUACACCUGAGAUUCGCAAAAGUGUUGAGGAAUUGCUGCAAGCAAAUGGUGCAUCAUUUGAAGAAAAAAAUGCCAAGCGUGCCUCUGCAGCAGCUGCUCCCCUUGCAGGCUGGGUUAAGGCCAAUGUGAAAUACUCCUACGUUCUCGAGAAAAUAGGCCCCUUGGAGGCAGAACAAGCAACACUUCAAAAGAAUCUCGACAAGGCUAUGUCUCGCAUGAGUAAGCUUAGUCAAGGGCUGGAAAAAGUGGAUCGUAAAGUUGCUGGACUGAGGGACAGAUUUGAGAAGCUAACCAAGGAAGCUACCAGGCUGAAGGUGGACCUAGAGAGAGAACAGGAAACUAUUGUUGCUGCUGAGAAUCUCGUUGGAAAAUUGGAUGGAGAAUAUCAGAGAUGGAAUACACAGGUUGGAGAACUGUCUGUGACUCUAAAAGAACUGCCAAUGAGGGUACUACUGGCUGCUGCAUUUAUAACAUACAUGUCUUCAGCCCCUGAAGAUGUCAGAAGGAACAGCCUAAAUAGCUGGAUGGAAGCCACUGGAGUAACAGGGUUUGAUUUGAGAAGGUUCCUGAGCACUGAGAGUGAGCAGCUGAUGUGGAAGGCAGAGGGUUUGCCAUCUGAUAAUCUUUCAAUGGAGAAUGCUCUUGUAAUACUGCAGCUGAAUGAUGUCGCUGCUGGGAGUACACUACGCCCCUUCCUUGUCGACCCAUCAUCCAGAGCAACUGAUUGGCUGAAGGCUCAUAUGAAGGAGAACAGACUGGAAGUUGUUAACCAACAAGAUGCAAACUUCAGCACUGCGCUGGAGCUAGCUGUCAGGUUUGGGAAGACCCUUGUCAUACAGGAGAUGGAUGGAAUAGAACCUGUCCUCUAUCCUCUUCUAAGAGGAGAUCUUGUUGCACAAGGCCCAAGGUUUGUAGUCCAGAUAGGAGACAAAGUGAUAGACUACAAUGAGGAAUUCCGCCUCUUUAUGACAACUAGGAACCCAAAUCCUGAGAUUCCCCCUGAUGCUGCGUCUAUUGUGUCUGAGGUGAACUUUACCACCACGAGGGCUGGCCUUACAGGACAGCUAUUAGCGAACACAAUCCAACAUGAGAAGCCUCAACUGGAAGUGAGAAAGACUGAACUAUUGAGGCAAGAAGAGGAACUGAAGAUUGAACUAGCUAAAUUGGAGGAGUCUUUGUUAGAGGAAUUGGCAAAUGCAACAGGAAACAUAUUGGAGAACAAGAAACUAUUGGACUCAUUGACAAAGACCAAGGCUAGCAGUAUAACUAUUAGUGAAUCUCUAACAGAGGCGCAGAGACUACAGGCUUCUCUCGAUCAGGAGCGUGAUGCGUACCUCCCACUAGCCGAGAAUGGAAGCAGGUUGUACUUCGUCAUCACAGAUCUUUGUAAGUUGAACAACAUGUACAGAUUCAGCCUGGCGUCAUUCCUGAGACUCUUCCAGAGGGCCCUUAUGAAUAAGCAGGAGGGAUCCAGCACUGAGAUGAGGAUCAAGACUCUAAUCUCAAACCUACAGUACUUGGUAUAUGAGUACAUCUGUAGGUCUCUCUUCAAGGCUGAUAGAAUGAUGUUUGCCAUGCAUAUGGUGCAUGGCAUGCAUCCAGAGUCAUUCAAAGAAAACGAAUGGGAGAUGUUUGUUGGGCUAAUGGUAGCUGAUGUAAAGGAUGUUGGAAGAGACAAGCCGAAUUGGGUGGAUGAUGAAAGAAUCCAAGCUGUUGCAGCUUUAAAGUCCAUCCUGCCCCAGUUGUACAAUGAGCUACAAUUCUCAGAUUCUGGUACAUGGUCGCAGUUUUCCAGAAGUAGUCAGUGUGAAGUGGAAUUCCCAUCAGCAAUCUCACGACGUAUCACUCCCUUUGAGGAAGUACUAGUCAUACAGGCAACUCGCCCCGAUCGCCUUCAGAGUGCCAUGACUAGCUUUGUAUGUAAAGCCCUAGAUAUGAAAGAGGUAUCUCCCCCUACUGUCAACCUAAAGAGACUCUACCAAAAUGAAACCAUACCAGCUGAGCCUGUAUUGAUUGUUAUCUCCCCUGGAGCAGAUCCUUCCCAGGAGCUACAGGAGUUGGCCAAUGAGAUGAUCGGUGCAGAACGCUACCACCAGGUUGCAAUGGGUCAAGGCCAGGCAGAGUUGGCUAUGAAGCUGCUCAAGGAGAGUGCAGAGAAUGGAGAUUGGCUGUGUCUGAAGAAUCUCCACUUGGUCACUGCAUGGCUACCUGUUCUGGAGAAGGAACUGAACUCCCUCCAGCCUAAAGAGACAUUCAGGUUGUGGCUUACAGCAGAGGUUCAUCCUAAAUUCCCCACUAUUCUCCUGCAGUCAAGUUUGAAAAUCACCUAUGAGGCUCCUCCAGGUAUUAAGAAGAACCUGCUGCGUACAUAUGACACGUGGGCCCCAGACUUUGUGUCAAAGGGGGGUAGUGUUGUCAGAAGUCAGGCCCUACUGGCACUUGCAUGGUUCCAUGCUAUAUGCCAGGAGAGGAGAAACUACAUACCACAGGGAUGGACAAAAUUCUAUGAGUUCUCUCUGUCAGAUCUUCGUGCUGCUACUGAAAUAGUGGACCGUAUUUGUUCAGUAAAAGGAGAAGUAAAAUGGAACUUCGUGCAUGGACUGUUAAAGUUUGCCAUAUAUGGUGGUAGAGUGGACAAUACAUUUGAUGUACGCGUCAUGGAAUCAUAUCUCAAACAGUUUUUUGAUCCCCAAAUGUUAAGCAGCCAAUCACGUGGCUCCAAAAGACUUGGGCCUAUCAAGAUACCCAACUCCACACAAUAUAAUGAUUACAUGGACACAGUGGAGGCACUACCUGACUCUGAUAAACCUUCUCACUUUGGCCUUCCUGAGAACAUAGAGAGAUCAGCGCAGAGGAUUACUAGCUCACAGGUUAUUUCUCAAUUGAGAAUCUUGAUGAGGGCAGAUGCUAAGGCCAACAAGUUUGACAAGGACCUGUGGGCAAAUGAAUUAGGACCCAUCCUGAAUCUAUGGAAGAAACUCAACUCUGGAUCACAACUGAUUCAAAUGAAGAUUGCAGCACCAAGUGACAAGACUGGCAACACACCCCCUACAACCUCAUUCAUCUUGCUAGAACAAUUUAACGCUAUCAAACUGGUACAGAGCGUGCAUGCGUCACUUGCAUCACUUAGUAAAGUGAUUAGAGGCACUCAGCUGCUCUCUAAUGAGGUUCAGAAUCUGGCGGCUGCUUUGCUUAAUCAAGAGACUCCAAUGAGCUGGUUGAGUAAAUGUGAUGGACCAGAAGAUCCUAUGCAGUAUCUAAGGGGUCUUGUUACCAGGGCCAACGCUAUACAGAGCUGGGUUGGGAAAGCUGAGAGGGGGUCUUUAUUGAAGGAUACACUUGAUUUAUCUGAACUUUUCAAACCUGAUACAUUCCUGAAUGCACUGAGACAGCAGACUGCCAGGGAGAUGCAGGUUUCCAUGGAUAGUCUAAAGUUCACUGUAUCUUGGAAGGGAAGCAUUUCUAAUGCCAAGAUCAUGGUUAAACUAGGGGGUCUCCAACUUGAAGGAUGCACAUUUGAUGGAACAAGACUGUCUGAGAAUCAGAGAGACUCUCCAAGUGUGUCUGCUGUGCCUGAUUGUGUAGUAGCAUGGAUACCAAAGGACGUCCCUGAUCCUUAUGACAUGAAUGAUGUGAUAUCCCUGCCUAUCUACUACAGUACUGAGCGAGACAGAAUUGUGGCACGUAUCAAUGUACCAUGUGGUGGCAACAUUGACCAAUGGCUGCAGUGUGGAGCAGCAAUGUUCCUUAAACCUCAAUAGACUUGUUGACUUUCAAAUCUUAGUAUCAAUGUACCAUGUGGUGGCAACAUUGACCAAUGGUUGCAGUG